UUGGGCGAGGAGCUGCUCAAGCUGAAUACCCAGUUAAUUCAAAUAUAUGAACAAGACACCAACAUCACCGAAGGAGUCGAGCGCGUUCGUGGCCAGUACAUCGACUUCAUGACGGGAGUGGGCGUGGCAUAUGGCCCAAAUGAGUUGAUAUCUGGAGAGGCAGACACAUCGGUGGCAAAUAAUAUUAGGAUUAGCAUGCUCCUGGCAUCAUAUCCAGUCGUGGGUUAGGCCGACGGGAUCGGCACACAGCUGAUUAGCAAGUUAAUCGGUAAUUAAGCAUGGAGGCUGCUCAUAUUUCCCAGCGACGUGCGUGAAUAUUAUAACCGGAACCGGCUGGCCAGAUUUACGAACGAAUUUCGUAAACAGGCUCAUCUACUUUAUUAGUAUAAAGACGUG